AUGUGCAACGAAGACCAAAUAACAAUGGUUGUCAUCCAGCAUUACAUGGAUUGCAAGGAGUCAGAAGUAAUGAAGGAGGUGAUGGAGGAGUUAUCAGAGGAAGGCACACAACCGAUCGGUCCUGAUGGUGAAGCCAUGCACCUGGUCAUGAGCAUCAUCGACAUGAAACACGAUCGACUAAUCAGAGAGCAGAAAACUCUGGUGGAAUGCAUAAAGGACAGGGAUGCGUGGCAGGAGGAACUCUACUACGACGAGUUGAGAAGAUUGAAAUGUGACGAAGAUAAAGUGAAGAUGCAGUUCAAUGAGAUGUUACUGAGGACGUCUAAUCACGACGAACUGAAAAAAUCAAAGGAAGCUAAGAGAGGCGAAUCGAUGAAAAAAAAGAACUACAAGGCUCUCAAUGAUGAUUAUGACAGAUUGAACAUCACUGUUAGUUGA